UUCCAAACAUACAUACAAACAUACACAAAAGAGAGCGCAGCCCCAAUCGUAUCGCGUUGGUUAACCCGCAGUGUCCGGUGGGAUGAUAUUACUAGUGAGUCGUUGUCGUGGAGCAUGGGUCCAUGGGCCGCAAUCGUGUGCAUCAUCCGCGUACGUAUUGAUCCAUAACGGCAUAACCCCCCAUACGGAGGCGCUGCACAAGCGAUGCUCCAAUGCAUGUUUCAUCUUGAUAUCUAUCCAUAGAAACAGCUGAAUGCUAGCCAUCAACCUGUCAAUCCUCUGCUGGAUUUCGUUGGUGGACGCCUCAAUCGCCGCGUCAUCCCCCAGAAGUGACGGCGGUUGGUGCACUCCAAUCGGCUGGGUUCCUAGGAACGGCAAACGGCGAGCCGAGCGGUUAGGAAGGACAAGGAUCUGAUAUGGAUGGAAGACAGUCGAAGGGCAAUUAGCAGGAUCUCGAUCAGGAGUUAGUUGAAAUCUUCCGUACCGUAGUUUUUCUAGUGAGGAGACGAGAGAAAUUGGAACUGGUCCACCAUCCACGGAGUUCUCCAGCACUUUCGG